AUUAUGCUAGUAUUCCGUGAAGAAAAAACACCAGAAGACGAGAUUAAAGCGUGGCAGUUCUGGCAUGGACGGCAACAUAGUAUUAAACAGCGGAUAUUAGACGCAGAUACAAAAAACAGUUCCGGAAUUAUUGGACAAAUUGAGGAGAUUACACAUAAUGCCAUAGCCUUUUAUUGGAAUCCUCUUGAAAGUUCUGCAAAGGUGAACGUAGCAGGGCAGUGCCUUAGUACAGAUUUCAGUAGCCAGAAGGGAGUGAAAGGUCUCCCGUUGCACAUACAGAUCGAUACGUUCGAUGACUGCAGAGAGGGGAUUAACCCUAUUCAUCGGGGGUAUUGUCAGAUAAAAGUUUUCUGUGAUAAGGCGAAAAGUCAUCCAACUAUUAAACAUCAUGAGUUGUAA